GCCCUUUUGUACGGAGUUCGGGACAGCGUACACACUGAUCGAAAGGUUCACAGACACUUCGAGGUGACCGUCCUCUCGGUGCGCGCCCUUAAUAAAUACGUUCCUGUAAGUCGCACUACUUUUCUACGGUACCCCCACCACGGCCCCCCAGUGUGUACGGGUCGGUGGACGGUGAUUGGUCGAGUCGGUGAUUGGCGUCACUGGUGGGGAGCGAUCACGUCACGAAGCGAGGCCGAGAAGCGACGAGGCGCAUGUAUCAAUGCGCAAUCGCAUCGGAACAGUUCAGGGAGUCGGGGAGGUCCGUGGGCAAGGAAUAAACAGAGUGAAGAGACCGCGCGAGAAACGAAGAGUGGGGAAAGAGAGAGAGAUAGAGAACGAACAGGCAGUGAGACGAUCACGAUGCACGGAGGCGAGCACAAGCGGCCAGGGGCACAGGGCUGAGGGCUGAGGGCUCGACAGGGCCUAGAAUAACGUUCACGGGGACGGCCGCGGGCCAGCCAGCAGCAAUGGAACAAACGAAAACUCCCGCGUCCCGGCUACUCAGCACGAGUUGCAUAGAGAAUAAGGACGACUUGGAAGAGAAAUUUGACAGAUGUUAUACAGUGCUUCAAAACCUGACUGCAGGACUGUCAGAGAAGGAAGCCCAUGAUACAUUGAACAAUGCUGUGUGUAAAGACAAAACGCACGAGGAAGUGUCAUUGGGAUUGUUAGUGGUUAUUCUGACGGAUCCUCAAAGUGCUGCGAAAAGUUAUAGGGACUUGACGUUAAUUACGCGAGACGGUCUCGCGAUUGUGUUAGGACAUCUUAAUCAAUUAGUACUCGAAAGAUAUCUGCGAUUGAAUGAUGUGACCAGAAGUCAGUUAUUAUGGCUACUGAGGGAAAUGAUAAGAACCAGUGUAGCUAGUGUGGAUAACCUUUGUUUAAGUUUGUUAAGGCACGCGGCUGGUGGUGAUAUAUCGCCGAGAAAUUUGUUUUUAGUCGACGCGCUUUUAGACAUAUUUCAAGAAAAUCGACCUUGGUUGGAUAAGUUUCCUUUUUUAGUAGCCUCUAUCGUUUAUACCUAUUUGCGAUUAAUAGAAGAUCAUAAUGCACCUCAUCUAUCUGGCUUGCGUCAAAAAGAAGUUACAUUCACCGUAUCCCUGAUAAGAGAACGCAUGGUUGAUUGUUUAGUUAUUGGAAGGGAUUUAGUACGUUUAUUACAAAAUGUAGCAAGAAUAUCGGAAUUUGAAGGGCUCUGGAAGGAUAUGCUUCUUACCCCAAAAUCUCUUUGCCCAAAUUUUAGUGGAGUCCUCCAGCUUUUACAAACGCGAACUUCUAGAAGGUUUCUGCAAUCUAGACUUACACCAGAUAUGGAAAGGAAGCUAGUAUUCUUAACAAGUCAAGUGCGUUUUGGUAACCAUAAACGGUACCAAGAUUGGUUCCAAAGACAGUACCUGGCCACACCUGAAUCACAGUCGCUAAGAUGCGAUCUUAUACGAUUUAUUGUUGGUGUUAUUCAUCCGACGAAUGAGUUGUUGUGCUCAGAUAUUAUACCUCGUUGGGCAGUUAUAGGAUGGUUAUUUACUACUUGUACGUCAACCGUGGCUGCAAGUAACGCCAAAUUGGCAUUAUUUUACGACUGGCUGUUUUUUGAACCAGAGAAAGAUAACAUUAUGAAUAUUGAGCCUGCAAUACUUGUUAUGCACAAUUCUAUGAGGUCUCAUCCACCAGUCACUGCCACAUUGUUAGACUUUUUAUGCAGGAUAAUACCAAACUUCUAUCCACCUUUGACAGAAAAAGUGAGGAACGGAAUUUUUUCGUCGUUGAGACAAAUAUUGGAAAAACGGGUUUUACCAAGUCUUUAUCCAUUGUUCGACAGUCCCAAGUUGGAUCGUGAGCUGAGAAGUAAAAUAAGAGAGACGUUCAAAGAAUUCUGCUUGCCACCUAAUACAGACCCUGCAGGAAAUAAGGUUCCGAUAUAUUCAGGUAAAAUGGAGGAACUUAGUAAGGACCUUACACCGGGAGCCCCACUGGAAAAUACGGGAAGUAUGCCGGUUGAAAAUAAUCAUGUAAGUCAAGAUUCGGAACCAGCUUUCAGCGACGAAGAGGAAGAAAUGCCGUUAAGGAUAGUGACGAAAGUUGAAGAAGAAGACGAAGACGACGUUCCAUUAGCAAAUGUGAAAUUGAAAAAUGAACAAAAAAAUGCCAAUUGUGUUGUCAAGAAAGAAGAUAUUACAACUCAGUUGAACUUAAUUUUAGAACCAGAAGAAUUAAGGACUGCUGUAGAAAGCUUACACAGUGAAACGGACAAUGAAGUGAGGUGUCAAACGAUGGAAAGGAUAGUACAAAUGGUUGUAGAAGAUGAAAUAGAUGCAGAAAUGAUACCAGCAUUGGCUUCUUGCAUAUCAACAAUCUUAUCGUCACAAAUUACAGCUCAAAUAUUUCCAACGGAUAAUUUGAACGAAGAAGCCUUGACUGAUAGUAUAAGCACACCGUUAUUUGUUAUGUUUCGUAAUCAGUUUCAGUUAUGUAAAGAAGAAGACAAUAGGCGGAAAUUGUUAGCUCGAGUACUUGCAGAGAUGCAAACCAUACAAUCAAGGAUAGGUUAUCUACUGCUUUACUUCUUGAAAGUCUGGGGCAAAGAAGAAGAAAAGCGGGAAGGUGAACCAAGCAAUGUAUUAAACGACGUUAAAGCGUCGGUUUAUAAAGACUUUUGUGCGCAUCGAGAGAAGAAAUUAGAUGCGUGCUUGGUGUCAGAUUUAAAACUCUGUCACGAAGACAACAUAUUCAUGCUGUGUUAUCUUGUGCCUGAUGUAUACAUGGGUUUUCAAAAUGUGACGCUUGGAAACGUUCAGCUAUUGCAUUUGGUUGUAUCGACCGUCGACGCAUGCCAACUACAGGAUUUGGUCUGUCAAAUAAUGCAAGGACACCUGAAAAUGUUAAAAAAGGAAUCCUUCACGUCACUGUUGACAGCCAGUCUUAAUUGGGAAACCUUCGAGCAAUAUUGUUUUUGGCAACUUAUUUUUGCCCACGACUUCCCGAUCGAUUAUGUACUGCCUGUUUUAACUAAAUUACAAUUUCGUGAUCACGCGGAAGCACUCACGUCGAUAUUGUUUAUGCUUAAACAAGAAAAGCCAACGUUAGAACUUCUGCGACAAUUGCUUGCACGACAAAAUGUGGACGGAGAUAUGUUCGUUGUAGCGACACUACGCUACUGGUGUCGCGAUUACGAAGAGAAACUCGGGGAGCUGUUAGCGAAUCUUUUGAGUACCCGUUAUCCCGCUACCAGUCCGAACAAACGGAAACGAUCGGGUGGUAAGCAUAAUCAGCAACCUGGCCCGCCUUCCGGCGAACAAGUUCUCGGCCAUCUGGAUCAAUUGCGACAACAUUGUACGUCCUCAGCCGAAUUGCAACUCUACCAUUCCGAGGGAAUGCAAAGAGCUCUGCAACAAGCGCAAGCAGCUAGUAGCGAUUCCUUAAGGAAGAGUUACGGAGACUUGUUUGCCCUUGCGGAAGUUAACGAAGAAAAUGAGCCUCCUCCGCCUCCGCCUCCAAGCUCAGCACGGAAACAUGCGGCAGCGUCGGCUGGAGGUGGCGGUGGCGCGAAAGGAGGUCAUAGGAAAACUGGUGCUAAUACGAGGGAAAGGUCUAGUUCCAAAAGGCCGCUACCUCGGUAUCACCUGGACAGCACAUCUAGUAGCGAGGAGGAGGAAAUCGUGAAUUUAAAGCAAGCAAAAAAGAGAAAAAAGAUUAAUGCAGUGGGCUCUGACAGCGACUGACCACCCAGUGUCUUCAAAUGUCACAUGGACCACGUCACGUGUGUGCAGCAAGCUAAACUAGCCUUAAGAAUAGUAAGAUAAUAUAGUAUAUAUAAUAGAUUUAUUUAGCGCGACUUGUAAAUAUAGCGUACGUUGAAGAGUGAAUGCGAAAACCGCCGUACCGACAACAAGGAUCUUGCACAUAUUUCGCAGCCACAGUAUAUUAGCAACGUUGCCAGACUCUAUUUCCAUUAAUUCCGUUAUUUGUGUCGGGCGCAUUCUAACGCGAAACAGAUUUAGAAUGCAUGUGAUAUCUAACGAGAAGAAAAUUUAUAAAUACUGGUUAUAGCAUUUCUAGGUAAACGCAUGUGACAGAUUAACAUUGUCGUGGCGGAUCGAUGCUCUGGAUUUCGGAGCUGCGAAGCCAUCGUGUGUCUGUCAGAUAAAGUUACCGAGAGGUGAGACUAGUCACGAAUUAAAUUAUUUUGAUAUACUCUUAAAUGUAUGAACGCAUAAAUUUAAGAUUAAAAGGAUCGGAUCUGGCAAUGUUGGGAAGGGGGUGAAGCGACACGACGAAACUACUUUCCGUGAUCACUUUGUUUCUAAAAAAAAAAAAAAGGAAGAAAUCCGUCGUCCACGCGCAAUCUUGUGGUAGACGUCAAAGAAUCCAAGCACGAUUGUGCCUAGUUUUAUCAUUCGUUAUAAUUUGUUUAUUAAUUUUGCGAUUUAGCAUGGUAUCAAUUGACCUAUUGGCGAAAUUUAUUUCAUUUUCCUUUUCCUUUUCAUUAUACUAUAAUUACCUCUUAAGAUUCUCGCGUCUCACACAAUUGUUAACGAGGAAAGAAAUGGUUACGUUUGUUGCCAUAAACUGUGAACGCAAUUUGUACGAAUCGUUGAUAGCUUUUUAUUAGGAUUAAGGACCUUCUGCGGGAGAUCGGGGAUGUAUCAAGGACGCCCUUAGCUCCGGCAAGAAGCGUACAGUUUUAUGACCAAAUGUAUUUUACGUCUGCGCUUAGUAAGCAUAAUCAUUCUCAAGACGCAAGAAUUUUUAUAUUUUGCACGAUGGAAGGUUGUCCGUUUUUCUAAGUAUCGUUCUUUUUUUUUUCAAAAUACCGAAUAUUUUUAUGUUUGUUUCGAAUGUUUUACGCGAAAUUGAUAUUAGAUGAUUAGAUGAAACAUGCGACUGUUCCUCUUUUUAAUCGUAACUUUUACGAUGUAUUUACAUUCACAAAGAGAUAUAUAUACAUAUAUCUGUAUAUGUUAUGCGCAAUUGUAUCCGAAUCGUUAAAUUGAUUUACAAUUUAUAAAGAGCAUACUUCCUCAAACAUUUUCCGUAAAUCGAGUUCAAUAUUACUUAUCAUCUAUUAUCAUCGUUUAGGUUAAUUAUCGCGUUGGUCGCAAGAUUCGUUGACUUGACAUCGUCUGUGGCACCUUCCACGAGUAUAGAACCAGGCGUCAUGUACACUUAAGUCCUAGAAAACGUAAGCGUGAAGUGUCACCGUUCACCUCUGUACAUUUCCUGUAAAAUCGGUUACUUGUAGUACACGUAAGUAGCUGCGUUAUGUAUUUUCUAGUUUGUACAUACCAGAGAGAACGGGAACGCGCGAGUGUGUUGUGCGUGUCAUAUGUGUGUACGUUGUGUGUGUGUGUGUGUCUGAGAGGGCGCGGGUAGACAUUUUCGAAUACUGAAAGAGACUUUUUUUCCACAAAGAGGUUCGUGUUUCUUGCGCAAAUCUGAUUUUUAUCGGACGAGAGCAAAAGUAAGAUUGCGUAUAUGUCGGUAAUAAUGUCUUUACCUCGCGCACAGUGUGCGCGUAUGAGUGCGUGCGUGCGUGUGUAUACGUACCAGCCAUUUGUAACUGUGUAUAAGGUGUGACAGUCGAUAUUGUUAUUAGGUCUUUUCUACUUGUACAUAAACUGCGGCGUUAUGUGAAAAAAUAUUUAAAAAAACUGGCGGAUGAUCAAACACGUGGGACGAAUGUACGAACAUGAAGAAGAAUGCAUGAUGUAGAGAACGUAUACGUGUGAAAGAGAUGUUGGUCGUAGACACAGAUGGACAAAAAAGCGAAAUUAACGAUGCGCGAGGGCAAUACGAAAAAUACACCUGUAAACAUUUAAUGUUUUUAACGAUCUUGUACACACGAAUACACAUGUAAAUACAUGAAUAUAUUAUCGUAACGCGAGCAUAAACAUUUAAUGUUUUUAACGAUCUUGUACACACAGAAUACACGUAAAUGUAAAUACAUCGAAAAAAUUACCGGAAGUAAA